AUGGCUUCGGGAUACGACAGAGCUCUGUCUGUCUUCAGUCCGGAUGGACAUGUGUUUCAGGUUGAGUACGCCGGAGAGGCAGUAAAGAGAGGAACGUGCGCUGUCGGCGUCAAAGGCAGUGAUGUGGUUGUGCUCGGCUGCGAGAAGCGGUCUGCGAUGAAGCUGCAAGACACCCGUAUCACGCCAUCCAAAAUCGGUCUGCUCGACAGGCAUGCUUGCUUGGCCUUUGCCGGCCUCAACGCCGAUGCACGCAUUCUACUCGACAAGGCUCGGUUAGAGGCUCAGUCACACCGUCUUACCGUCGAAGACCCCGUCACCAUCGAGUACAUUACCAAAUACAUCGCCGGUGUGCAGCAGCGGUACACACAGAGUGGUGGUGUGCGGCCAUUCGGCAUCAGCACGCUUAUUGUUGGUUUCGACAAGGGAAGCAAUGUGCCACGUCUCUAUCAGACGGAGCCGUCCGGCAUCUACUCCGCAUGGAGGGCAAAUGCAAUUGGCCGGUCGAGCAAGACUGUACGCGAGUUUCUGGAGCGCAACUACAAGGAGGACAUGGACCGUGAGCAGACUAUCCAGCUGGCUAUCAAGUCCCUGCUAGAAGUGGUGCAGACUGGCGCAAAGAACAUUGAAAUUGCCAUUAUGGCUCCUGGCAAGGAUCUAGAGAUGCUUCCGGUUGAGGAUAUUGAGAACUUUGUCAAGAACAUCGAGCAGGAGAAGCUGGAGGAGGCAGCCAAAAAGAAGUCUGGCCGGACUCCGGGUACAGGGAGCGCAGCCAUUCUCACACGAGGGGCAGCAGAGUCUGAGGAUGCAUAG